CAACGAGGACUCCACUGUAACACUGCCUAAAUCAAGCAAUAAAGUCUACUUCUGCCGGCUGAUAAAUCCACGGAAAUUUUUGGCGUCUGGCGCGGCUACGGCAGCUCAGCGAAUGGCGGUUAAUUACACGGGCCGUCCUGCGCUGAGCCCAGAGAGGCAGCAGAUACAGUGACAUACAGACACCGGAUCCCGUCCGCCCCCGGACCAAGAAUCCCAACCUCGCACCGAUGGCAGUGGCAGCGUCCCGCCGCGAGGACCGUGAUCGGGAUCAGCCAGUGGUGCUUGUGACGGGGUGCUCGGAGGGCGGCAUCGGCCACGCGAUGGCGCGCGCCUUCGCGGCGGCCGGUUGCGCCGUCGUGGCCACGGCGCGGUCGCGCGGUUCCAUGCGCGACCUCGACGGCGACCCGCGGUUCCUGCUGCUGGAGCUCGACGUGCGGUCCGACGAGAGCGCGCGCGCCGCCGUGGCGGAUGCGCUGCGGGAGCACGGCCGCGUCGACGUGCUCGUCAACAACGCCGGGAUCCACCUCGUCGCGCCACUCGCCGAGGUGCCCAUGGAGUCCUUCCACCAGGUUUUCGACACCAAUGUCUAUGGUGCAAUGAGGCUGAUUCAAGCUGUUAUUCCUCACAUGAUGGAGAGAAGGAAAGGUACAAUUGUGAAUGUUGGAAGUAUUACCGCUUUGGCACCUGGACCAUGGGCUGGUGUGUAUUCAGCAUCCAAAGCUGCUCUUCAUGCACUGAGUGACUCACUAAGGGUUGAACUAAAAAGCUUCGGCAUAAAUGUCAUGACUGUCGCCCCAGGAGGGACAAAGUCGAAUCUUGGGAGUUCCUCUGCAGCCAAGUAUGAUCAGAUGCAUGAGUGGAAGUACUACAAGAAAUACGAGGAAGGGCUCCGAGCUAGGACUGACAUUUCCCAGGGCCCCGGGGCUACUCCAGCAGAAGAGCUUGCAAAGAAGGUGGUUGCAUCCGUUCUAAAGAAGAAUCCUCCAGCUUGGUUCGCUUACGGCCAGUUCUCUGCUAUUCUGUCGAUGUUGUAUUAUGCACCACUAUGGUUUAGAGAUUACUUCUAUAAGCUUGUCAUGAAAUGUUAGUCCCUGGGAAAAAUAAUGGUUGUUAUGGACCAAAGAGAGAGCUGGUCAGGCCCAGUUCUGUUCAUUGUACUGACAGCCUGUUACUACGUACUCCUAUAUCGGUAACCACAAAAAAGCAUACACGUUAUACGGACAGCUCUUUUUGUCGAGUGAAAAAGAUCUCAUUUGCUCUAUCA